CGCGCAGUCAGUCGUGAGAUCACUGUACACGGGAUAUGAAAGAAAAUUCUCCGGGACUCUGUGGGUCCCUUCACCCCUGCACUGGAGAUGGAAAGUCUAUGCUCUCCUAGUCGAUCACUGGUUUAAUUCUUUUUUCUUUGGCUUCCUCCCUCUUCAAUCCUCUCUCCACUGAAAAGGAAAACUUUAAAUUCCACAAGAGAAAGCAAAUCAAAGUCGAGAAUAAUGGAUGAGAUGAAAAAUCUUUCGACUUUAUUGUUACUCAUAUUUGUUUCUGGUGUCUCUGCCUCACACGGCGUCUUCAGCGUCAAGUACAGAUACGCAGGGCGUGAGCGCUCUCUCAGUGACCUAAAGGCUCACGACGAUCGUCGCCAGCUCCGUAUUCUUGCCGGCGUCGAUCUCCCUCUUGGCGGCGGCGGUCGUCCAGAUGGUGUCGGGCUUUAUUAUGCUAAGAUUGGAAUCGGAACACCUUCAAAGGACUAUUAUGUUCAGGUUGAUACUGGAAGUGACAUUAUGUGGGUCAAUUGCAUUCAAUGUAUAGAAUGCCCCAGAACAAGCUCUCUUGGUAUGGAUCUUACACUAUAUAAUGUUCAGGACUCGGUCACAGGGAAGUUGGUUCCUUGUGAUCAGGAGUUUUGCUAUGAGGUAAAUGGAGGUCCAUUAUCUGGUUGUACAGCAAAUAUGUCUUGUCCUUAUCUUGAGAUAUAUGGAGAUGGGAGCUCUACUGCAGGUUAUUUUGUGAAGGACAUCGUGCAAUAUGAUAGAGUAUCAGGUGAUCUCAGAACCACAUCAGCAAAUGGAAGUGUUACAUUUGGGUGUGGGGCUAGACAAUCAGGGGACCUAGGCUCAUCUAACGAAGAAGCUCUUGAUGGUAUACUUGGUUUUGGAAAAUCAAAUUCAUCAUUGAUUUCACAACUGGCUGCCACUGGGAAAGUGAAAAAGAUAUUUGCUCAUUGCUUGGAUGGUGUAAAUGGAGGUGGUAUCUUUGCUAUCGGGCACGUAGUGCAACCAAAAGUUAAUAUGACACCUAUGAUUCCAAACCAGCCCCAUUACAAUGUCAAUAUGACGGCAGUUCAAGUUGGUCAUGAUUUCCUAGAUCUUCCAAUAGAAGUGUUUGAGGCUGGAGAUUGGAAAGGAGCAAUAAUAGAUAGUGGUACAACCUUGGCCUAUCUCCCAGAAAUGGUUUAUGAACCACUAGUGAGUAAGAUAAUCUCUCAGCAAUCUGAUCUGAAAGUUCAUACUGUACGAGAUGAAUAUACAUGUUUUCAGUAUUCUGGGAGUGUGGAUGAUGGAUUUCCAAAUGUCACUUUUCAUUUUGAAAAUUCAGUUUUCUUGAAGGUUUAUCCACAAGAGUAUCUAUUCCCCUUUGAAGGCUUGUGGUGUAUUGGAUGGCAAAAUAGUGGGAUGCUAUCAAGGGAUAAAAGAAACAUGACUCUUUUAGGAGAUUUAGUACUUUCCAAUAAGCUAGUUUUAUAUGAUCUUGAACAUCAAGCUAUUGGAUGGACCGAGUACAAUUGCUCUUCAAGCAUCAAGGUGCAGGAUGAACAGACCGGAACAGUGCAUUUAAUAGGUUCCCACUCUAUUUAUUCAGCUAGCAGUUUGAAUGCUCAGUGGUGUAUAACCUUAUUGUUGCUAAGUACGCUGCUGCACAGAUUAGUUUACUGAAAUGCCACCACCAGCAGAAUAUAGCAAUGGUCAUAACACAGAAGAAGAAAAUCAAUUAUUAAAAUGAAGAAUCACCAAGUUUAGCAAUGAAUGGUGGACUAUAUAUAGUUUUUAUCCGAUUUUCACUUUGGGUUAAUAUUUCUUCCCACAGUGAAUCAAUCUAUAGGAUUCUACAGCAGGUUUGAUUGUAAAUAGACUUUGAUUGAUUACAUGGCUUAGGUUGUCUAGUAUUUAGUGGAAAUUUUAUGAUAGGUGUACAGAAGUUCUCAUUCAGGAUAAUCUACCCAUUGGUGUUAUGCCCAACUCUUUAGCCUACGUAGCAGCCUGAUCUAAUAUUAGACAUCACGACAUUUUUCUUCU